GAAUGACAGUAUGCAGGAGUGAGCAUCGCUUGUUGUACAGUGCUGUUCUGCUUUUCUAUGCUUCUCUUGGAGGCAGAUUUCUUCUAAAAGAAUCAAGUAUUUAUGCUGAAAACUGCAGUCUGGAAUGGAAUUCUGCAUAGUCUCUGACUAAAUGGUGAUUCAAGGACUAUAUCCUAAUAUCAGAAGGAGAAAUACUUGAAAUGAAUAGGUUCUUAAUUGCAAUAAUGCAAAAUCAUAAUAUCCAUGAGGAACAUAUCACCUAGGAAAAACUUGACACUUUGCUGUAAAUUCUACAUUGGGAUUUAUUUAUCCUUGGUAUGUGUUAUAUCACAGGCAACAAGUAAUGUUUCUAAAGCUCCUUUCCUUUCCCCAAGGGUUCUAAUUUUUUUUUCUAGGUGUCAGCAAGCCCUGACACACUACACUGCAACUGACAGAGCUUGGCAUGCUUGUGGCACUAUAAGGAAACAGACAGAAGGACCUUGGGACAGCCAUAACCGACACAAAGGAUGGGUUUCAGUGUAAUUAGACAACUAUGCAGAACAGCUGUAUUUUUGGUAAUAGCUCCUACUGUGUUACUGACAAUGCUUUCUGCUGCUGAACGUGGCUGUCCAAAAGGCUGCAGGUGCGAAGGAAAAAUGGUAUACUGUGAAUCCCAAAAACUGCAGGAUAUCCCUCCAAGUAUUUCUUCUGGUUGUCUAGGUUUGUCACUUCGAUAUAACAGUCUCCAAAAGCUAAAACAUAACCAGUUUAAAGGACUUAACCAGCUUACCUGGCUGUACCUUGACCAUAAUCAUAUCGGCAGUAUUGAUGAGAAUGGAUUCAAUGGCAUACGUAGACUAAAGGAGCUCAUUCUUAGCUCUAAUAAAAUUGCUCACUUGCUAAACAAUACAUUUAGACCUGUGACAAAUCUACGAAACUUGGAUUUAUCAUACAAUCAAUUACGUUUUUUGGGCUCAGAACAAUUUAGAGGUUUGCGGAAGCUCCAGAGUCUGCACUUACGUUCCAACUCCCUAAGAACAGUACCUGUCAGAAUAUUUCAAGACUGCCGAAACCUUGAAUUUCUGGACAUGGGCUACAACCGUAUCAGAAGCUUAGCAAGAAAUGUUUUUGCAGGCCUGAUUCGGUUGAAGGAACUUCAUCUAGAGCACAAUCAAUUCUCAAAGCUAAAUCUUGCCCUUUUCCCUAGGUUAGUAAGCUUACAGUUCCUUUACUUGCAGUGGAAUAAAAUCAGUGUAAUAGGACAAACAAUGUCUUGGACAUGGAGCUCUUUACUAAAGCUUGAUCUUUCUGGAAAUGAAAUAGAAGCCUUCAGUGGACCAAGUGUCUUUCAGUGUGUGCCUAAUUUACAAACACUUAACUUGGAUUCAAACAAGCUUACAUUCAUUGGGCAAGAAAUUCUGGAUUCCUGGAUAUCUCUUACUGCCAUCAGCCUCGCUGGAAACAUUUGGGAAUGUAGUCGAAAUAUCUGUUCUCUUGUUAACUGGUUGAAAAGUUUUAGAGGCUGGAGGGAAAAUACAGUGAUUUGUGCAAGCCCAAAAGACCUGCAAGGAGUAAAUAUAAUUGAAGCAGUAAAAAAUUUCAGCAUCUGUGGGAGAAGUACAACAGAACGAUUUGACUCAACAAGUGUUGUGAUAAAACCGACAUCUAAAUCUAAACCUUUGCUGCCCAAACCUGAGCAGCCUACCACUGGAAGCCCUGAUUCUAACUCUGAGGGUGACAGUGAAGCUGAGCACAUCUCCUUUCAUAAAGUCAUAGCAGGAAGUGUUGCACUUUUCCUGUCUGUACUCGUGAUUCUUCUUGUAAUAUAUGUGUCAUGGAAGAGGUACCCUGCAAGUAUGAAACAGCUGCAACAGCGCUCCCUCACAAGACGACGCCGGAAAAAGAAAAGGCAGUCUUUAAAGCAAAUGACUCCUUCUACACAGGAAUUUUAUGUAGAUUACAAACCUACAAACACAGAAACAAGUGAACUGCUGCUGAAUGGAACAGUACCCAGCACGUACAACAAAUCAGGCUCCAGGGAAUGUGAGAUUCCACUGCCCAUGAAUGUUUCAUCGUUUCUUGCCUAUGAUCAGCCAUCCAUCAGUUACUGUGGAGUACAUCAAGACCUCCUUUCUCACAAACAGUAUGACACACCUCCCCAGAAAGAAAAAAUGGAAACACACUUAGAGACAGACAUUGACUUGAGCACAAUAGCUACCAUAGCACAUUCAUGUGAAAGUGGACAAUAGCUGCCAGAUGGACACUACGUUCUUGGGGCAGGAAUUUUUCAUGCAAAAAAGCAAGCCAGACUGUACACCUAUUUUUGACAGCCCAGUGACUGGUGGUCAAUCAAAACAAAAAAACAGUAAGCUGUCAAACCUUGAAAAAAACAAUACGCAAUGUUACGUUGGAACUGGUGUCUUUCAGAGAUAUUGUUUAUGACACAGAAAAGCUGACAUAUGCUGCGUUUUCCAGAGGGGGAAAACAGACACAAAAUAAAAAAGACAAAAAUUUAAUAAUACAACAGACCUUAAUUCAGACUUACUGGUGGUAAUUGCUAUCCUACCUGUAAUGUAUAAAUCUGUUCAAAAAUGACUGUAUUUUUCAUAACAAAGGUUUGAGAUACAAAAAAAAUGUUUGCAUAACUUAUAUUUUUUUUCAAGAGGUUUUGUUUUUAAUAUGUAAUUCUUAUUGCUGAGGGGAUUCAGUUGUAAGACAUGUUCACAAUACAUCUGUUUUAUACAUUUAUUGUUUUGUGCUGAAGGAAUUUGUUUCUCAUAUUUGUUUUUAAUGAACAUUCAGAAGAUUUUUAUCAUUGCAUAGUCCUAUUUUGUAUGGUCCAAAAAGAUUGCAUUAACAGUCUAAUGGUGUAUCAUUUCCAAAGUAUAAAAAAAUGUAAAGCCAUUUCUACAAACUAAGAGAAUUUAUUCUUAAUUAUGUUUCUGCAAAAUAAUUGUUAUGCUACAUACAUUUUACCUGAUCAGGCAAUGAAAUGAAGUAGCUAUAAAUGUCAUGAACAAGAUGUUAUUUUCACAUUGAAUUCACAUCUGCAGGGGAAUAUUACUGAUUAGUGGAUUUAGAUAAGACAUACUAAAGAGUUGUGAAAUUAUCCAAUGCAGUAUAUUAUAAGGGAAUAUGAAAAAAUAUACUAUCCAUGUCACUUAGGUAAAAUUUAUAGCAACUAAUAUUACUUUAUCUUCACUGUGUGCUCACUAUGGAAAUUUUACCGGCCAAUGUCUUAGGGGAGGUUCAGAGCGUAUUAUAAAAUUUUACAUCUAGCAGUCAACAUCAUACUCCAUAGAAGGAUAUGGAAUUCCUUCAAAUAUAUUUUUAAGUUACCACAUACACAGGCACGUAUUCAUAAAUACACAAAAUGUGUAUGUGUUACAUGUAUAAAUUGCAUGUGUGUGUGUAUGAAUGAUACACACACACACACAUUCUCACUUACACACAUUUAGAUAAACAAUAAUACUUUCCUUAAGAAGCACAAUGUGAAAGUUUAAUGGAGGUUGCUGAACAGAAUUAACUGGAUAAAUAGCUAACAGCCCUGUAUUUAAACUGAUCAUAGAGGUAAGAACACUACCUAUUCCCGUAUUACAGUGCUGGAUAAUUUUAUAUGUAACCAUACAAAUAUUUCCAGACACAGCAUGUGUACCUCUCAGUUAUGAUAUAAAAAACAUAAUCAUCUGACUACUAUAACUUCAUUAUAAGAUGGCAGAUUUCAUAAAGAUUUCAUUGCAUUGUGGGUUUUUUUGUAAGGAAAUACACAUUAACAAAAGUGACCUUUCAUACUGCUUCAGAAUCUUUCAAUGUUUCUGUAUAUGGAAUCCCAUGCCUAAAGGAAUUUUUACUUGUGCUAGUUUCAUUUGUCACAGUUUCACUUUGAAUGAGCUCCGUACUUUUCACUAUCUUCAGUGAAGCAUCAGUACAUCAUUUCCACUCAUUCAAACACUGAAUGUAAAAAGCAUAUUAUCUGAUUAUGCAAAAGUUUUAUGCAACAGUACAGUACAGUACCUCACACAUGGUCAUGUUUUGUUUCCCAUCAAAAAGUAUUAUUUUGUUCUACGUUUGUCUGGCAAGUUACAAAGUGCUAUUGAACGCUCUUAUUUCAGAGAUUACAUUUACUUUGUGAAUAUGGUUUGAUAAUACACAAAAUAUGCAUUGGCUAA